UUCCUAAGGUUUUGGGGGGAAUUUGAUUGAAAAAUACAAAUUCUUACUCCCACUCCCGUUUCUCUUCAUUUCUCCCCUUCGUUUUCUGUGCCACCAACAAAAAUUUCAUAAUUCUCAUCUAUUGAACUUUUCCCUCUCCAUUUCUCUCCAUCCAAACAAACCAUGACCAUUGCUUCGCUAAAUCCUAUCAACUUCGUCAAUUUUUCUCUCGUUUUCUAUUACUUCUCCAUGUUUCCUGCUCUUUUUGUAGGAAAAUGGGCGAGAAAAUCCGCUUCCACAAUCAUCUCUGCCACCACCUACAUUGUUUUCCUCAUUUUUGACUUCCUUGACAUGAUCUUUUGCAUUAUUUAUGGGUGUCUUGAUGAGUUGUUUGAAGGGAAGCCCUCCCAUUGUUAUUGCGGAGACAGGGGAGAGAUACAGGGGAGGGUGUGGGAUGAUGGGGACAAUGAGCUUUCAGAGACUUUAUAUGGAAGGAACAACGUGUUUAGGCAAAUGAGAUUUCUGGGUUUUGGAAGAAAUUGGGAGAAUCGCAAGAAAUCAUUUGGUGGUGGCAGUGGAAAAAGGAUUUGGUCUGAUUGUGGGUGUGAGUCUUGUGUUUCUUGGAUGAAAGAUGGUGGACAGAAUCUGCAUGUAGUUGUCAAGGAGCCUUCGGCCACCUUACUUCUCAAGUUUAAAGGAAGAAGCAAGUUUUACGGCACUUCAGAAACUUGCUGGGAAGAGAUUGUGGUCACCAUUGCUGUUUUGUUCAUCAUUCAUGUCAUGGUAUGAACACUUAGGGCGAUUCGUCUGUUUUCUUGUCAGCCAAAACCACAGGAUAUGGGAGAGGAUUUUGAAGCUGCUCACCUGGAGAAGGUAACACCAGCUUUAAUUUACGCCAUCAUCAGGACAACAAACUUUAGCUUAUUACAAUUUGAACAUGAGAUAUUAUCAAAACCAUUGAAUUAAAAGUUCAUUGUUUAUCAAUAAAACCAUGUUCCGAUAAGCUUAUUGAUAUUUUUCGGGGAUCUGCAUUUCAUCAUUAUUGACAUGACCAGGCAUACUCAUCAUUCAGCUUGGCAUUCAAUGCAUAAUGUGAUAUGUGGAGGGGCAAAAUUUCUGGAGGAAAUGUUGGAGAAUUUGAUGAAAUCUGAAGUGAAAAUAUGUGUUAUCCAAGGUGAUGGCGACGAGGUCGUCCCCUUGGAGUGUAGCAAAAACAUCAAGAGUAAGGUUUCUAAUACAGAAAUCAGUAUCAUCCCAAAUGCUGAUCAUAUUUCUGUAAUAAUUGGUAGAGAGAAGGAUUUUACCAGGAAUUUAGCCCAUAUAUGGGCCUCAUCUGCUGAUAGUGAAUAAUUCUUUUUCUUAGUUGAAGCAGUGAUAGCGGGUUGUCGAAGCCGUCAAAAAUAAACCUAUUAUCAACCAACAAAAUAAAUUUGCAGAUAGUGGCAAUAGGGUCGAACCACAGGGAUUUGACACUACGAAUUUUCCUAUUAAUGACUUGGACAAGUAAAUAACAAGUAAUUAAAAGAGGGGGGUUUGAUUUGAUG